GACGAGAAACACACAGGAAUAUAUUUUCACCGAACUCAAAUGUGUGAAGUUGGUUCAAGGAAAGGUUUUAAUAAUUUCCAAAUUAAAAAAACAAACAAACUACUGAAUCUGUGAUGUGAAGCUGCCAAAUGGAUACAAGGAAGAAAGGUGGUGCCAUAGAAUUAAGGCUCAUGGUGGUUGGUAGCAGUGGACCUUCUCAGUUCCUACUAACCAAUUCCAUACUUGGGAGACAGGUGUUUUCUAAGGAUGUCACCAGCCUUUCUGGCAGCAUAAAGAACAACGGUGAGCUGGCUGGUAGACGAGUGGCAGUGAUCAAUGGACCAAACAUCUAUGAUAAGGAUAUAUCUAAACCUAAGAGGAAGAUGGAGCUAAGGAGGUCCAAGUGCUUAUGUAUACCUGGUCCCCAUGCAUUUCUUGUUGCCUUUGACAUGGAGAAAAUCUCCCCCAAUGAUGUGAGAACCUCCAGACUGAUGAGGGAACGCUUUGGAAGACACUGUCUGAGACACGCCAUGGUCCUCCUGGCCUAUGAAGGAAAUCAGAAUAGAGCUGCCUUGGAAGAUAGGGUUAAGAAGACAGAUUGGCAUCUGCGAGAACUCAUCGAGAAGUACGGUGGACGCUUUCACCUUUUCAACAAGAACUGGAGAGAUCGAAGUCAGGACAGAGAGCUGUUGAAGAAGAUAGAGCUGAUGGUUGCCUCGUUAGGAGGAGGCUACUUUUCCAGCAGAACUUUCCAGAAGGCAGAGGACUGUGUAAAGAAGGAGGAGAAUAAGCUUAGGAAGCAGCGAGCAGCAGAGAUAGAGAAGGCAUGGGCUGAGAUGGAAAAGCAAUACAUGGAAGAGGAGCUGUACUUCCAGAAGGAUGCCUAUACGGCUAAUAUUGGCGCAGAGAUUAGAGCUCAAGCGGAGAUCGACAACAGCUGGCUCAGGACGUCCCUAGCCAGAGGCCUGGGGACAGGUUUUGUUGUGGGGGCUGUGAUGGGUGCGCUGGCUGGGUCUAUAGAGGGCCCAGGAGGGAUGGUUCUCUAUGGGAUCAUAGGUGGUGCAGUGGGUGGAUCAGCAGGGGGAACAGCACAGGUGGCAAUAAAGCAUAUGGACAACAGAAUGGCCCCGACUGCCAGACUGAACUUCAACUCAAUCUUUAUUAACCGCUUCUUUGCAGCUCCUCGUGCAUGACAUAGGGAACUGACUGAUGACCUGAUGAAAAUAAAAAACUUACUCUUUGUAUCCAACUUCUGGUUAGGUAGCUUUCUGACUUACUUGAUAACAAACUAGAUAGCCGUCUUAAGCCCUCUUUCAUCUCAAGAACAUAUGUGUAGUACGAGAAAACUUGAAAGGUUUCCAGUGGCAUCAAUUCAAACUGUGACAACCAGUUUAAACUAUAAAUAGGCCUAUUAUAAAUAAAUGAAGCUGUGAUUUUAGCACAUUUAUAGCAGAUUUGUGUGAACACUUUAUAUUCUAUUCAACCUCCACCUCUUCCUGGUGCCUUGCUGUGGAUUAGUUGAAGUGCAACUCAAAUAACAUGUAGGGCGGAGUCUUAGCUGAACACGCCAUUGUCUAAAGCGCUGCCACUUUCCUAGACAAUCCACAUACCUCAGUACACCUGUUCAGUGUGAACCAGUGAAGUUUCUGUGUAUUAUUAACUAAAUUAACAAGUACAAGCCAUACAGACACCGCUCCUACCCAGAAAAGAUCGACUAAGUAAAGAUUAUGGCCUCUACCAUCUGCUUGCUCCCUGAGAAGCACUUCUUGUGCUUUCUGUGUAGGGACAUCUUCACCAGCCCCGUAACCAUACCAUGUGGACACAGCUUUUGCUUGUCCUGCCUGUCCAAAUACUGGACACGACAUCAGUUGAAAUACUGCCCUCACUGCAGGAGACUGUUCACAGACAAGCCUGACCUCAGUGUCAACCACAUACUGGCAGACAUAUCUGAAAACUACAGGAAGUCUCGACCACAGAAACCACCAGAUGAGGAAACGGUUAUAGAUGUUAACCAAAUGAUUCAGGAAAGGGUGCAGAAGAUAGAAAGACUGAAAUACUCUCUCGGGCUACAAAAGAACUCUUACCUCAGAGAGGUGCGAGAGAGUCAGAAGAUCUUCUCUGCACUUGUAAAUGCUAUGGAGAAGAGCCAUAAAGCUGUUGUUGCUGCAAUUGAGGAGAGGCAGAGAGAAGAGGAGAGCAGGGUAGAAACACUGGUCAAAGAGAUCGAACAGGAGAUUGAGGAGCUGAGGAAGGAGACCAAAGAACCGGACCCUCAGAUCUCUGGUGAUCAGAGUGACGACUUGAAGCGACCUGCCAAGCCCUGUGAGAUGAAGGACUGGUCCAAGGUUACCAUAGAAACUGAUCCUUGUAUUGGAGUCACCAGAAGAGCACUGUCAGACGUGUUGGAACAAAUAAAGUUAGAAGUCAACAGACUCUCCAAAGCUGAACUUAAGAGAAUCGAGAAAUACUCAGUGGAUGUUAACCUAAGUGCUAAAACAGCAAACCCUUUUCUUUGGGUCUCAGAUGACAGAAAGCAGGUGAGGCACACGGAUAAGCUUCAGGAAGUACCGGAGAACCCCAAGAGGUUUGACAGAGUGGGAAAUGUUCUGGCCAAAGAAAGCUUCGCUGGCGGGAGGUGCUACUGGGAAGUGGAGGUUGGGGAGAAGAUAGAAUGGACCCUAGGUGUUGCCAGACAGUCCGUAAACAGGAAAGGCAAGUUCACAGUGUGCCCUGCAAAUGGUUUCUGGACCUUAAGCCUGAAAGCUGGAGGCCAGUACAUUGCAAACACCUCUCCUGUCACCCAGUUGGCUCUAGACCAACGAAUCAAGAAGUUUGGAGUGUUUCUGGAUUACAACGAAGGUCGUGUGUCCUUCUACUGCGCAGACUCUGGAGUCCACAUUCAGACCUUCACGGAUAAGUUCACAGAUCGGCUCCAUCCAUUCUUCAGUCCUGGUCGCAUGCAUGGAGGCAGAAAUGCAGCUCCUCUAGUCAUCUGCUCAAGUUUUUGCAACAUCUAAACCUCAUUCCAGUUU